CCGAAUAUUACCAUCCCACAUAGUCGCUCCCGCUAGAUCUAAGAUCGGGAAAUCAACUUGCAAUGCGACACAAUCAUGCUUAGCAAUUGCUUACGAGGUUCGGAGAGCUGCAGCAUAUCGUCAAAUUUGGAAGGAAAUUGACCGAAUGUGUUAGCCAUAGGUGAGGUUCCGCCGCAUCGGGUGAUCCUUCAGUCUAGGUCCACACCCUAAGGCGAAUCCUCUGCCGGCGCACAUAUAUAUAGGGCCUGUGAAGAUCAUCACUCGAUCGUCCCUCAGCUCGAUACCUUACCUUACCUAAGCCACUACCACGCGACAUCAGCUACAUAGCUACUACAUAUUACCCGCACAGCAAUCACAGCUUUAGCGUCAGUACCACCAACAAGCAGCAGCUAUGAAGUGCACAUCCUACAUAACCCUAGGCGCGCUAUUCGCCGCCAUCACUGUCGUGGCGCAGGACUUCUCAGGGUCCGGGCAGAUCUUCAUCCUCAACAGCACGAGCCUCGGGGGCGCUACACCGGCAGACCGCGUCGGCUGCCUUGACUCCACCGGCGCUGUCACGCUGGACAACUGCGCGACCUUCACCAAGCUCAGCUCCUAUCCUCUGACCAUCUCCAGCGAAGUCGGAAACUGCACCUUCGCCGACUCCAGCCAGCCCGCCAACACAGACAACGUGUACGGCGCGAACUCGUACGCGUGGCACUGUCUAGACGACUACGCCGCAACCACCUCCGACCAGCUCUACACCGUCAAGGGAUUCACCUACCCAUUCCUAUGCCACGGCGACAUCGACUGCUACUACGACAUCAAGCUGAUCCCCAGCAGCGAUGCCACCGCGCCGGUAUGGAGUUACGUCUGGGGCUCGCGGCAGACGUCCGUUCCGGCUGGUCACACGAAGGUGAUGUGGUACUGGAACAAGACAUCCUAGGUUGAUAGCACAUACCUAACUAGGACUGGAACGAGCGAACGAAAAGAAGCCUGGUCAAGACGCCACCGAUACUAAGAAGGAAAUGCUAGGGUUCCGCAACGGGAGGGUAUUGUCUGUUUUGGGAAACCGGUGUAUGGGAGGUUUUUUAAUGAACUUGUGUUAUCCGGGUAGGUAGGUAGUAUUAUACAUACAUACCCUGCCUUUUUAAUCAAACGAGCCAUGAACCAAAAAAAGAGAAAUUUUUUUUAAAAAAAGUCGACGUCGCACCUACGAGGUUGCUUUGCUUCCGCACCGUGGGGUAGCAUUGGUCCCGUGUCUUGGUACCGCGUCUAUGCCGGAUGGGACUGUUGACUGACAUCACCCCUCCAUCAUAUAGUAUACCUUGUAUUAGACGCCAUCGCACGGCCGUAUUCGGCAGAUUCUGUUCGCUACCGUGUUUUGUUUCACUGUAGAUUAUGC